AUGAUAAAGCUCUUCUUAAUAAUAAAUAAUUUAGGCAAAGUAAGAAUUAGCAAAUUCUACGAAAACAUCAAUGUUGACAAAUAGAACGAUAUUAUUUAAAAGCUAUUCGAAUUAGUAAAGUAUCCAGAUGGUAGAAAAAGUCAUUUCGUAAAAGAUAAAGAUGGAAUAUAUGAUAAAAAAUGCACAAUAAUUAUAAGGUAAUAUGCUUCUCUGCAUUUCAUUAUGAUCAUAGAUUAAGAUGAAAGUGAGUUAAGUGCUCUUGAUUUGAUAUAAAUUAUAGUUGAAGGCUGUGAUACUUUGUUUGAAAAUGUUUGCGAACUUGAUAUGGUUUAUUUCCCUGAUAAAAUAAAUGCAUUAAUAGAUGAAAUUAUUAUUGGAGGAUGUGUUAUUGAAACUAAAAUAUCAGAAGUAUUACAAUCUUUAAAUUAGGCAUAAGAAUAUGAAAUAAAGAGCUGA